AUGCUGCAUCUUAUAUCAAAUAUUAUUUUACAUUAUUCUUUGUUAUUUUCCUUUGUUCAGGACCUUCUGCUGAACAAACUUCUCGGAGAAGAUUUUCUAACUCAAGAAGAAAGGGACAUACUUCGUUGGGGAAGAAAUAUUGUUAGCAGCAAGACACGUACCAGAAAACGUGCUGGAAUUGCAGUUUACAAUCGAGCAUCUUCACUUGAGACACUGAUUGGAUAUCUUUACCUCACAAAUUUCAAGCGCUUGGAGCAAUUGAUGUUCCAAUUAGGAUUUACAAGUGGUGCUUCCUCACAUCAUAUUGCAGAUGAGCUGGUCUCAAGCUUUAAGAAAAAGAACUCCACUUCUGUACAAUCUCAGCAACAAGCAGCGCAGUGAAUAGUUU